GUUGAAUAAAUUCCAAAUAUCACUAACGUUUGCGAUUUGCUUGUGCAAAUUUAAACUAUACAAAUAAGAUAUCUGGGGUGUUAACGGAGGCAAGAAGAUGUCUUUGAUUUGUGCAAUCUCUAAUGAGGUUCCUGAGCAUCCGUGCGUAUCUCCAGUCUCCAACCAAGUGUUCGAGCGCCGCUUGAUCGAGAAGUACAUUGCGGAGAACGGAGCAGAUCCCAUCAAUGGGCAGCCGCUCUCCGAGGAACAACUUAUCGACAUCAAAGUCUCUCACCCCAUUCGGCCCAAAGCUCCCUCUGCCACCAGUAUCCCUGCUAUUCUCAAAUCUCUUCAGGAUGAAUGGGACGCGGUGAUGUUGCAUAGUUUCACUUUGCGCCAGCAGCUGCAGACCACUCGUCAGGAGCUCUCUCAUGCUCUGUACCAGCAUGAUGCAGCCUGCAGGGUCAUCGCUCGGCUCACUAAAGAAGUCACUGCGGCCAGAGAAGCUUUGGCCACGCUCAAGCCUCAAGCUGGACUGGUCGCCGCCCAGGCAGCUCCUGCCUCACAUCUCACAGCCGUGGGUGCAGGUGGAGAGCCUAUGGAGGUUAAUGAGCAGGUGGGAAUGACUCCUGAGAUCAUACAGAAGCUGCAAGACAAGGCCACGGUGCUGACGACAGAGAGAAAGAAGAGAGGAAAGACUGUCCCGGAGGAGCUGGUCAGAGCUGAAGACCUCAGCAAAUAUCGCCAAAUGGCUUCACAUGUGGGUCUUCACAGUGCCAGCGUCCCUGGAAUCCUUUCUUUGGACCUCUGCCCUACAGACACCAACAAAGUACUCACAGGCGGAGCGGAUAAGAACGUGGUCGUGUUUGACCGCAGAGAGGAGCAGAUUGUGGCCACUCUCAAAGGUCACACCAAAAAAGUCUCCUCUGUCAUCUACCAUCCAUCUCAGUCGGUGGUGUUUUCGGCAUCUCCAGACAGCACUAUCCGUGUGUGGUCUGUGGCGGCAGCUAACUGUGUUCAGGUGGUACGAGCUCAUGAGGCAGGGGUGACUGGCCUCUCUCUCCAUGCUACUGGAGACUACCUGCUCAGCUGUUCUGAGGACCAGUAUUGGGCCUUCUCUGACAUCCAGACAGGCCGUGUUCUGACUAAAGUCACUGAUGAGACAGCUGGAUGUGCGCUGACAUGUGCGCAGUUCCACCCCGAUGGUUUGAUUUUUGGCACUGGCACGGCAGACUCUCAGAUUAAGAUUUGGGAUCUGAAGGAACGCACAAACGUGGCAAACUUCCCUGGCCAUUCAGGCCCAGUCACCUCCAUUGCCUUCUCUGAGAACGGAUACUACCUGGCUACAGGAGCUCAGGACAGCUCACUGAAGCUGUGGGAUCUUAGAAAACUGAAGAACUUCAAGACUAUCACCCUGGACAGCGACUAUGAGGUGAAGUCUCUGGUGUUUGAUCAGAGUGGUACAUACCUGGCUGUGGGUGGAUCAGACAUCAGAGUUUACAUAUGUAAACAGUGGUCCGAAGUCCUCAACUUCACCGAUCAUACUGGUCUUGUGACAGGUGUGGCCUUUGGUGAGCAUGCUCAGUUCCUGUCCUCUGUAGGAAUGGACAGAAGCCUCAAGUUUUACAGCCUGUAAAGUGAAAGACAAGAAGAGAGUGGGAGGAUCAGAAGAGGAGAAGCGGAAAAUUCAGCAUGAUUGAUUUGUUGACCCUUCUGUUAUGAAUUCAUGUGGUGGGAAGGUGGAAAUUGUGGUGAUGUGCUUCUUUGCUCACAGAACAAGAACUUGAAUUUUCCUCCAGUCAUGAAAUCUGUGCAUAGGAC